AUGCCCCCAAGGAAAGUAGUGAACGUUCAAUCAAAACCAAAAUCAAAAAAGAGGAAUAAACGAAACAAUGGAACCUCGGAACGUCGAGAUGAAGAAGAAGUUCCACAUGCCUCUAAUUCAUCUAUCUCACUUUCGCCGGCAUCAAUUUCAAAUGAAAAACAUGGAGGUCCUCAAGAUAUGUCUUUACUGAUCACUUAUAAAGACCCUAUUGCAUCACGUAUAUGGAGCGGAGAGAUGUGGCAUGGAAGCUUCAGAAUUACCAUAGAGAUGAGACACUUGCUGAAUUCGGAGAGAUCAAUGAAGGUCCAUCUCAAGCAGUAGACAAUCAAGGAGAAAGCAGCCAACAAGAUGAUGAAAACGAAGAUAUCGAACAAAGGAGAGUUCUAAGAUCCACGAGACCACCAAAACCAGUUGAAAGACAUGC